AUGGUGCAUCGUUCGUCUUCACUUCAUCGGCAAAUGCCCACUGAACGCGAUUUCUAUGAUAAUGAUUUGAUUGAGCGCCGUCCCAACAAAAGCCGUAAACCACCUCGACGUCGUAAAAGUAAUAGUAGCAAACGACGUCAUUCAUAUUACAGAGAUGAUCAUGCUUUGGAAGAGGAUGACUUUUAUUACUGGGACCCUUGGGCAGCAGCAAUGGCGAUGGAGGGUGCUGACAACGAAUGGGAAGACUAUAUACCUCCAACGACAUCAACAGAUUAUUACUAUCCAUAUUACUUUGACGACAACAAUCAACGAGAGAUGAAAUCAACAGCUAGUGUUCGGCGACACAAAAGCACAGGCACACAACGAAUUCGUGAGCAACAACGAGUGCCCCAGCGACCGAUGGAAAAUGAUCAUCAGGUGCCACAAAGGUGGGCGGAUAUCAUUAUCAGCGAUGAGCCAUUAGAUGAGCCAGUUUAUGCUACUAUGCAGCAACAGCAACAGCAACCACCGCAACAAUCUAUACCCGAAAGACGACGCACGAUCCAUGAGCCACGUGCACCACCUAUUGUGGCACAAGAUGUGCAGGGCGAUGAUGAUAACAAUGUAUUCUUGGAUAGCGCACAGUCACCUUUGCUACGUCGGCGACAUUCCUUGUAUGAACAACCAACGAAUAGCCAUAAUCUGCUGAUGAGUAGCCCUCCCAUGACACAACAACAACAACCCAUGACUGGCUCAUCACCUUGGGUGUCACCCAUACCAGCACAGAUGAAUAUGAUGCAACAACCUAUGCCAAGUGCACCCAUACCACCAGUACCACCAAUGCCACCCGCACCCAUGAUACCCCCACAUCAUUCGUUCAUGCCACCUCCAAGACCACCACCAGCAUUGAUGCAAAUGGGCGUUGGACCCAUGAUGCAUCCACAAAUGACUAUGCCCUUUAAUAAUCCCUUCAAUGACCUUUUAGGACCAAUGCCUCCACCCAUGAUGCAUGGGGCACCUUUUGUCCCACCUUUUCGUCAUCCUGCUGCAUUUGGUCCACCUCCUCCACCACCACCACCUCCUCCACCUAUUGGCCCUCCUCUUGAACAACCACCUCCUCCACCAAACAAUCCACCACCUGCAUCAUCAUCAUCAUCAUCUCAACCGAAAGAAAUCAAAAAAGAGGAACCCAAAGAAAAGAAAAAAGAAGAACCUAAAAAGGAUGAAGAACCCAAAAAAGAAGAACCCAAAGAAGAACCUGCAUCAGAUACCAAGAAAGAAGAUGCACCCAAAGAGAACACUGGUGAAGAAGAGAAAAAAGAAACAUCGGCAACAACAGCAGCCGCUGAAGCAGCAGCAGGAGCCGUGGUAGCAGCAGCAGCGAAUCGAGCCAUGCAUGGUGGUGGUGGUGGUGAAUUACGACGUAGUAAAUCGUUAUUUGGUUGGUUUGAUAAAAAGAAACCACCACCAGCUAUUGUGGAUAGAUCACGUUGGGAUCCAUCAGCAGUCAUGUCUAUAACCGAUGCUGCUUAUCGACCUGCAACUCGUGCUGUCAAGAAUAGUCUUUAUCCAGCGGGUCAUCCUUUGAAUGAACAUCUUACAACAACAACGGGACCAUCCACAUCCACAUCAUCAUCAGCAUCAUCCGUAUUAUCUCGUAAAGAAUCCACUCGAUUAAAUAACAAGGCACAACGAUUGCGUACACGAGGUUUUAUUUGGUGUUAUCGACCUAUGCAUCAUGACGUUGCUGGUGAUACAGUGGUGUGGGCUGCAUUUGAUGUAGCUAACCAAGAUAGACUUGAUCCCUAUAUUCCUGCCGUCAUCCAUCAUCAGCCGUUUCAUGGUGCUCCACUCGUCAACUUGGGUAGUGAGCCUGAAUUGCCGGGUCUUACAAUGGUACGUCCACUGGAUGGUAUUGGCUUUCACUACAAGAGUGCCCUCUCGUCGCGACCCGUCAUGCUUGAAAUUCGUUGCCUUCCCAAUGACAAUAAUCUCAUGGUACGUCAACCACCACCACAAGCUAUGCCGCCCAUGGAUACUGCACCGCCUCUAUCAUUUGCAUCGAGUUCAUCAUCCGGUGGUGGAUUAGCUGGAAAAUUGUGGAACGCCAUUGCGAAAUAA